CGGUAACAAUAUAACGGCUUGUAUAUUGAUUACAUCAGUAACAUCACCCACACUCGACUGUCUAUAGCCACAGUCGACACAGAGAUGACGAUUCCUAACUCUUCGACGCCACUUCUCCCGCGAGGAUCGACUUUUGUAACGCCCUCGCUCCUUUGGAAGUCGGGGGCUAUCUUUGCUGCUGCAGGAAUGAUUGCUGGCGCAUUUGGUUCCCAUGGUUUGAAGCGCAGGUCAGGUAUCACUCCUGAACGCUUGUCCGCAUGGGGAACGGCGUCUCAUUUCGCGAUAUUCAAUGGCCUGGCCUUGUUUGCGAUUGCAAUGCAUCCUCGAUUCUCGACACACAAGUUUGCUGGCCCUGCUAUCGCGGGAGGAGGUCUGGUCUUCUCCGGCUCAAUCAUGGCACUUGUUCUGUGGGGAGAAAAAUUGAAAUUCCUUGGACCUAUCACUCCUAUGGGCGGUAUGGCUAUGAUUGCUGGGUACAUUGCUCUAGCACUAUAGAUCAAUUCACUCCUUCUGAAAAAUAGAAUGUUCUCAAGUUGUGUUCCAGCCAUUUUUCAUUCAUGGUAUAAGUACGUCUUUGUUUGUCCUGGGCUGCUUGGCAGUUUAUAGGCCAUGUGCCUAGCUUUUCAUUGUAUGGUGGUGUGGUACUGGGAUGGCCGUGCUAAACAUAGUUGACUAUGGGCCAUACCUACUUCUCAUCAGUACUGCCCCGUCGGGGUUCGAUGUACUCCCGUAAAUUCAAAGUAUCACGUGACCGACGC